AUGUCUGCUCGUCCUCAAGUUUCCGUCAUCUCCGUCAGUGGUGAACAAUUGUCCACCCAAGUUCCAGUCCCAGCUGUCUUCGCUGCCCCUGUCAGACCAGACAUUGUCCACUCUGUCUUUGUCAAGGUCAACAAGAACAAGAGACAAGCUUAUGCCGUUUCUGAAAAGGCUGGUCACCAAACCUCUGCUGAAUCAUGGGGUACUGGUAGAGCUGUUGCCAGAAUUCCAAGAGUUGGUGGUGGUGGUACCCACAGAUCUGGUCAAGCUGCUUUUGGUAACAUGUGUAGAGGUGGUCGUAUGUUUGCUCCUACCAAGACCUGGAGAAAGUGGCACGUCAAGGUUAACCACAACGAAAAGAGAUACGCUACUGCUUCUGCUGUUGCUGCUUCUGCCGUUACUUCUUUGGUUUUGGCUAGAGGUCACAGAGUUGAACAAGUUAAGGAAUUACCUUUAGUUGUUGCUAACGACUUUGAAGGUGUUACCAAGACCAAGGAAGCUGUUGCUGUCUUGAAGGCUGUUGGUGCCCACAAGGAUGUUGUUAAGGUUAUCAAGUCCAAGAAGUUGAGAGCCGGUAAGGGUAAGUUGAGAGGUAGAAGAUUCACCCAAAGAAGAGGUCCAUUAGUUGUCUACUCUCAAGAUAAUGGUCUUGUCAAGGCUUUGAGAAACGUUCCAGGUGUUGAAACCGCUAACGUUAAGCACUUGGGUUUGUUACAAUUGGCUCCUGGUGCUCACUUGGGUAGAUUUAUCAUCUGGACCCAAGGUGCUUUUGAAUCUUUGGACUCUGUCUACGGUUCCGAUGCUACCAAGUCUAUCAAGUCUGGUUACACUUUACCAUCUAACAUCAUCACCAACACUGACGUCACCAGAUUAAUCAACUCUGCUGAAAUCCAAGCUGUUGUUAGACCUGCUGGUCAAGCUACCCAAAAGAGAUCUCACGUCUUGAAGAAGAACCCAUUGAAGAACAAGCAAGUUUUGUUGAGAUUGAACCCUUACGCUAAGGCUUACUCUGCUGAAAAGUUGGGUUCUGCUAAGGCUUCUGGUUCCAAGGCCAAGCCAUCUAAGGGUCAAUUUGCUCAAGUUUUGAAGAACUAA